GACCACUGCAGUGCAGUCACAGGAGAGAAGUGUGUGUACAAAGUGUACAAUUCUCAACUACCUUAUGUUAUAACAAGAUAUAGGGAUUGGAAUUGAAAUAUUAAUGGGCUGAAGGGAGUAGACCUCUAUGUGUAGUUUUAUCAUAGUGGAAUUAUUAAUCAAAACAGGUCUGUGCGCUCUGGCAGGAUUGGGUGUCUAUGGCUCAUCAUACUUGUGUGUUCUGACCUGUGCAUGAGUUACAGCCCCCACUGAAUAAACCAGUCACACCUCAGAUCUGACCUGAACAUCAAAGGAUGGCGGAGGCCGUCGCAAACGUUGCUAGGAGGAUAAUCGCCACCAUGGAUGAGGGGAGAGACUCGUUAGAUUUGUCUGACUGCGGCCUCAUUAGUUUCCCGGACGGCGUCUUUAAAAUGAUGCGCAGUUGCACAUACAACAUCCACAAAAUCUCUCUAGCCAACAACCAGCUCAAAGCCUUGAGCAACAAGUUCUUCCUCACUUUUACACAGUUAACGGAGUUGGAUCUGCAGGGUAACCUUCUCACCACAUUGCCAGAGGCAGUUGGUGAUAUGCAGCACUUGAUCAGAAUCAACCUCUCCAAAAACAGGCUGUCUGUUUUCCCCGAUCGACUGAUGGAUGUGAGCAGCCUCGAGGACAUCAGCGUUGAGGGGAACCAGAUCACAGAAUUGCCGAUGGAGAAGUUGUCGGCCAUGCCUGCCCUGAAGAGUUUGGAUGUCAGGAGUAAUCCACUGACGGCAGAGGCUGCGUCUGUCCCACAUCAGUUCACUCUCCUGACAUGAGCACAUCGCACUGGGACAUGAAGACAAUGACACUUUGACACAAAGAAAUUUUCAAUAAAAUAUUUAUUG